AUGUUAUUAACGCACCAUCCUGAUAAGAAUGGAAACGCUUCCACUACUGUGAAUACUAUACAAGAAGCUUAUAGAGUUUUAGUAGACCCAGAAUCAAGAGAGAAGUACGACGAAUCACUUAGAAGGUCAAUUCAAAGACAAGGAUUCAAUAUAAGCGGAGAUGGUCUUGAUAUAUACAGUUUGGAUGAUUUUGAGAUGGUAGAAGAAGAGGAAUGUAGAUGGAUUAAGGAUUGUCCUAGAUGUCAGUUCCCUAAGUCCAUUAAGUUCAAAGAAUCCGAUUUAAUUGAAAACGGCACCGAGGACGGUGAAAAUGGCUAUGAAAUCAUAGUGCAGUGCGAGAGUUGCAGCCUAUGGAUAAAAGUAAAAUAUUACGAGGAUAAUGAAGAAGAUGACGAAUAA